AUGGACACCCAUUUAUCAUCAGAAUCUCUUGAAAGGGCUGGAUCAAUCAUCCCGGAAAUUCAAUCAUCGAGCAUCGUUAAGAUUGUACUCUUGGAACGAAAUGAAGAUAUUUAUGCUUUGAUCGCAAAAGAAUAUUCUUUUGAAUGCUUUUUGCUGUAUGAAGAAGAAAAGCAUUUGUCCAAGUGUUGUGCUUUUGAGAGUGGUGGAAAGCAAAUCAUUGACUUUAUCCUUUCAAAAAAUACUAUUUUUGUACUCUGCUUGGACGGAACAAUAUUAAUCACUACACUGACUCUUCAAGAAGAUGGAUCUAUCAUAUGCUCCACUUGGAAGGAACUCAGUAAUACUCGAUCUGAUAGCUCUAACAGCCAUCCACCCGUCAAACUGUUAAGCUUAAAUGACAACACCAUAGUGGUAAUGUAUUUACAGAAUGAAAUAAGAUUUGUUAAUACUGAAACUUUGGGUGUGGUUUCAUUCGAAUUUAAUGGAGUACACAUGUCAAGCUGUUCUUCAAAUAAUAUAAUUUAUUUGUACUUGAACAGUGGUUAUUUAUAUAGAUUAGACUUUAAUUCAAAUUAUGACUUGGUAUCCUCAAAGAAAUCAAAAAUGCAAAAACAAGUGAUUUCUCUCCAUCACAUCAACAACGAAAGUGUAAUUGCUGUCACAGAGGACUCUGCUUUACUCUAUCUGAAUAGCAUCAAAGUAGAAAAGGAAAUUGUUCUUAAUACUAAGGGUCGGCUAAUAUCAGAUCUUUAUUUAAAGAGAAAUUCAUGUUAUAUUUGUACUGAAUAUGGAGAUAUCUAUAUCAGUAUAGAUGAUCAAGAGCCUUCACUUUGCUUUGAAAAUUCCCACGUAGAUCAUCUCUGUGCUCCAUCAAGCAACAAUUUUAUGAUUGGAUACAGUAGUGCAAGCAAUGUUUACUAUUUACCCCUGGAAAACGGUGAAUCAAACAAUCCUAUCAAAUUGCUCUCUACCAUUUCUCAUGUCGUUGAUUUUGAAAAGAGAGAUGACGAAUAUAUUCUUGCGUUACCAAAUUCGUUAACUAGCGUGAAGAAGGGUAUAUCUUGCCGUACAUCGAGUCUUACUGAUGAAUCAUAUGAAGGAUUAGACAAAUUAUUUACUAUCAAUAACGGCUCUGACAAAUACAUUAUUUUGAGUUUCUUCAAUCAGAGCAAAGUGCUUAAAGUUCAAGAAGACUCAAUAGAAGACUAUUCAACACAACAUGCUUUCAAUUUGAAUGAUUCUACUCUGUAUGCAUCUACAAUAUUUGAUUGUUUCAUUCUUCAAAUUACUCCAAAGGAAACGAGAAUUAUGAAUCAUGAAAUGACUCAUCUCUUGUGCACUGUCACUUCAUCAAAAAGUUUAGCAACCAGUUACAACAACAUGAUUUACCAAAGCUUUGAAAACAAAGUCACUGGAUAUAUAGUUUCUGAAGAUGGAAAAAUUGAUGAAAAGUUUACUUUAGCAGUGGACAAUGACAUUUCAUGUAUAUAUGCCUAUCGAGAUGGUGAAUUAAUUGUUGCAACCUAUUCAGGUCUAGUCUAUUCCAUUUCAUCCUCUCAUGUCGUGAUCACUAAUACAUUGGAUAUUAAUGAAUAUUGCAUUGACACAAAUAUUACAGAAUCCAUACUCAUGGUAAAUGACAUGCUACUCAUCGGAUUGAGGGAUGGAAAUCUCUUGUGCUUUGAUGCAACUCAUUUAACCAGAAAGUAUAAGCUAGGCAACUAUCCUGUCCAGUUACACAAGUCGUAUGACAAUAAUUCAUUGAUUGCAACUUCCAACCUCAGCUAUUUCAUUACUCUCUCGCCACAUGAGUUUAAUGUUUCUAAUCUGAUUAUCAACGAACAAAUACUUUCAAUGCAGAACUUUAAUCUAGGUUUUGAAAGCUCUCUUCUUUGCUUGACAGGAGACAACAAGAUCAAAAUAAUUAUUGUAGAACCAGAAAGCUUUCAACCAAGCGUUACAGAAAUCGCACCAGGCGAUUAUCAGAGAGUCGUGGCUAUAGAAGAAAAUUUAUUACUUAUUGUUAGUAGCAAUUAUUGCAAGCUUCAAAUUAUGAAUGAAGCAAAUGAAAUGAUGACUAUUCAUCAUUUCCAUUCAGAGCAAAUAUUUUCAGUCAUGCAAUGGCAUAGUACAAAUGAGGAAGACCUUAAUAAGAAAAUCAAAUAUAUUCUAGUUGGAACCAAGUAUAUUCAUAGAAAGGUAAAUCCAAUUAUUAUGAAUACAGACUCUACAAGAUCAUCCUUAGGAAACAUACAUCUAUUGAAAAUGACAACAUCAAACAACAAAUAUGCAUGCUCCCACGUUUUCUCAAUGGAAUUACCAAACAUGGUCUAUUGUUUAAGCCAAUUGAAUAGUCAGUACUUUGUUGCAGGAUAUGGAGAUCGAUUAGGACUAUUUGAGGUAUCCAGCGAUGGAUUUAAACUGAUCGAUCAAGCCAACGUCAGAAACUUUGUGAACAGUAUUAGUGUUGUCAAUAGCUUAAUUGCAAUUACAGAUAGAUAUGAUGGGUUACUGUUUUUCACUAUACAAGAAGGAAAAUUAUUGUACUUGUACAAUUUAACCUCUCAGCUGCAUCCGUUGAAUUGUGCAACUUGUCAAUUUAUUAAUCCCAAUACUAUUGCAACCAUUGACAGGAAUCAUGAAUUAAUAAUUUGGCAAAUCAGGUAUCCCGUUGCUACCAUGUCUCAAAAUCCUAAUACAAUUUCAGUACUGGAAAAACAAAGGUAUCAAACAAAGGAAUUAGCACUUAAAAUUAAGGCCCUUCCAAACAACAAGUUAUUCUAUGUGACCAUCACAGGAAGUGUUUGUUGUUUGGAGCUUCAAAAUUAA